AUGAAUCGUGUACUUUCCAGUCAAGUCAUUCGUAACCCAAACCAAAUGUUUAAGCAAGUUUCUUGGUAUUUCCAUCGACGUAUGAGUGCGGGUGAUCGUCGCCAACUGACUGGGUUUUUCAACCCUGAGUUUUAUGGACUUCGGAGUUGUAAAGUGCCUCAAGCUGAACUAAAGAAAUUGCUUGAGGCACUAAAUCAACCACAACCGUGUUCACUUUCAAGUAAUAAACCGUUACUGGCUUUAGAACUCGAUUGUUGUGUUAUCCCUAUUCGAAAUAACUUAAAACUUAUCCAAACAACUGACUUCUUUUAUCCUCUGAUUGAUGAUCCUUACACUAUGGGUCGAAUUACGUGCUGUAAUGUACUAAGUGAUUUGUAUGCAAUGGGCGUAGUUGACUGUGAUAAUUUGCUUCUGUUGUUGGGUGUUCCACGUGAAAUGACCCAAGAAGAACGCGAAAUAUCAAAUCGCUUAUUGAUGGAGGGUUUUAAGGACUGUGCAUUGGAAGCUGGAACAUAUGUUCGUGGAGGACAAACUGUAUUGAGUCCAUGGUUAAUGAUUGGUGGUGUAGCAACUUCAGUUUGCAGUGAUUCAGAAUAUAUUAUGCCGGAUCAAGCUGCAGUGGGUGACGUCUUAGUACUCACAAAACCUUUGGGCACCCAAGUAGCUGUUUCAGUUUACUACUGGAUGCUGGAGGAUAGUCCAUCUUGGUCUGGAAAUCUAGCCAAUAUCAUCACAUCAGAUAAAGUAAAGAGUCUGUUUCAUUCUGCUACUCUCUCCAUGACUCAUUUAAACCGAACAGCUGCUCGACUAAUGCAUAAACAUCACGCCCACGGGUGUACUGACGUAACAGGUUUCGGUCUUUUGGGUCACGCAAAUAAUUUAGUCCAAGUUCAGGCAAACAAUCACUUAGCCUUCAGCAUUCAUACUUUGCCGUGUCUUGAAGGAAGCUCGUUGAUUUCCAGGGCAUUAAACGAUCGGUUAAAACUACUUCAAGGUUUUUCUCCAGAAACAUCAGGUGGUCUGUUGAUUGUUCUUCCCCGAGAAUCUGCCCAAUCUUUUUGUGAAGAGCUAACUGCUGAAAUUGGAUGUCCAUCUUGGAUAAUUGGAGAUGUAAUAGAAGCCGAUUCAAAAAGCGCUUUCCUUGUUCCACAACCAGAAGUCAUAGAUGUUCAACAUUCACAAAUCAUCCCACCAAAAUGUUCGACUAAUAGCCAGUAA